AUGUCUUCGGAUGGACUCAAUCGACGUGAAAGAGUUGUCAAUAGGAAUGGCGACACAAAUGAGGAGAACUUGUGUCGAGUGGUGUCUCGAGAAGUGUCGCCCGAAAGACUACAGAACCAGAGUAUUAUAAAGCGAGUGAUGAGCGGAAUGGCGCUCUCGAUGACUAUUCUUGCAAUGGUUUACUAUACGACACAAUGCAAUAACACCAAAGAGCUAGUGAUGGCUUCGGCCACUCAAUCCAUAACGGGUUCUCCGAUCGCACAGCAAGUCAUGUGUUCUCAAGACUAUACCGCAGACAGAGUUCGGUUCCCGUCGUGCGUCCUUCAAAGAUGCGGACGUUUUGUGUCCGAUUCGGUGAUCACUGAAUCGGAAGCCAAACACUUGUUGACACAACGAACGGAGGCGGACCUGAAAGAGCUGUUCACCGAAAAAGACCUAAAAGUCUACAGACGGGUGAAGAACAGAAUCCGCAAAACGAUUGCAAUUCAGUUCGGCAUCCCUUGGCCUCAGCUCUACUUAACUAAUCCGACGUAUUUCUCGAGGAUGACGGCAAAGAGGGCCCAAAUCAGAUCCGACAAGUAUUGGCUCCGACACGUUGACAACAAGAAUCGAUUCGAUCUCUUCACUUCUCUGCUGUAUUUGUCGACAUAUGGCGCGGACUUCACGGGCGGGCGCUUCAUAUUCGCCGACCAGAUGUCGAACACAACAAUUGAGCCUAAGUUGGGACGACUCGUGGCCUACACCGCGGGCUCAGAGAACCGGCACCGCGUCGAGAGGGUCACCUCCGGGACCCGAUAUGCGCUGCUUAUGGCCUUCACCUGUAACCAUGAGUUCGCCGCCAAAGACCUACCGAUUGUUAGACAGCAGACAUGCGACCAACCAUUUUGUUUGCUGUAUGGCGUAGGCUGUCCAACAUUAUUUUCUACGAAUAAAUUUUCUGAAUAA